AACCACUUACGUCUUGGUAUAAAACAACACAAUUUUACAAAAUGUUGCAAACAACAUGAAAGUGGUGAUAAUAAUACUUGUGGUGGCACUCAAGUGCCAAGCUGUUAAAUUUCCUCACAGUUUCAAAACGUGCAAACGCUCGGAUCCCGAUUUUAAAAAAUGUGUGAAAGAAGCAGCUGAAUAUAAUAUUCAUCAACUAGUUCACCCUUUCAAGGAUUUAAAAUUGCCAGGGCUCAAACCGCUCCUUAUUCCGACCCUGGUGAUCGGGUCGGGAAAAAGGGCCGUUGCAGUGGAACAACGGUUCCACAAUUGUAAUUUACACGGGUUUGAGCACAUUUCAUUUCAAAAAUUUGAAUUCGAUUUUGAGAAAAAUACUCUUAACUUUGACAGUCUUAUUUCUGAAGUUACGAAAAAAUGUGAUUAUCAAUUAAGUGGGAGGGUUUUACUUUUGCCUAUACAGGGCGAAGGGGAGAGUACAGUUGUUUUAAAAAACGUGAAAAUUGCCGGAUAUGUGAAAUACGAGACUGUGAAACGAAGCGGAAAAACAUAUUUGAAAUUCGUUGAUCAUCGAAUAUCCCUCGACGUCAGCCAUGUUUAUUUCCAUUUUGAUAAUCUCUUCAAUGGUGAUAAGGCUUUGGGCGAUAAUAUCAACACAGUUUUGAAUGAUAAUUGGCGUGAAGUUUUCGAAGACGUAAAAAGUGGUUAUUCGGAAGUCAUGAGUGAGAUAAUUCAAUCAUUGCUAAAUAAUUUUUGGUCGGUGGUUUCCCUCGAGGAUGCUUUUGGAGAAAAUUAAUUAAUUAGUGUGUACAUUGUAAUUAAAUAAAUGGGCAAUAAAAACCACAAA